UCUCCCUUUACUCCUCCUAUAUAUAGCCCAUCCAAUCCCUUUCCCUCUCACCAUGAUCCUCAUAAACAUUAUCAAGUUAUCGUAUCUAGACACAACAGGAUUGACAAAACCGACCCAAAAUUGUUGGUUAUAGGCUUUUUUGAAUUGAGUUAAGUAUUUUGAAGCAGGAAUUGAUCGAGCAAUGGACUCGAAAAGUGAUGUUGUGUUUGAGGAUUUCUUUCCAUCCAUGGUGGAGAAAUUGGGAGCGGAAGAGUUCAUGAAAGAGCUUUGUUAUGGGUUUCGCUUGUUGAUGGAUGCGGACAAGGGAGUCAUCACUUUGGAGAGCUUGAAGAAGAACUCUGCUGUGCUAGGGCUGGCAGAUAUGAGUGAUGAUGAGUUGGAGUGUAUGAUGAAAGAAGGUGAUUUGGAUGGAAACGGAAGCUUGAAUCAAACGGAGUUUUGUGUUCUUAUGGUUAGGUUGAGUCCUGAUUUGAUGAGAAAAUCAAGGAGGUGGUUAGUAGAAUCUGUAAUGAAUGAGUAGUGAGCUUUGUAACUGUGUUUUGGACUUUCUCACUCUCUCUCUCUCUCUCU